AUGUUCAAUCGCUUCAAUAAACUUCAUGCCGCUUUGGCUUUGGCCCUUUACUCUCAAAGUGCAUUGGGCCAGUACUAUAGCAAUACUACUUCAAUUCCAAGCAACAGUUCAUCCACAGCUGUUGCAUCGAGUUCCUCUGGCUCCUUUUCGAUCAGUAGUUCUCUCGCUCCAUCAUCUGCUUCCGAUGUGUCAAGUUCUCUCACGCAAUUAACUUCAUCAUCUUCUGAUGUCUCUAGCUCAGUUGCUCCAUCAACUUCGUCCACUUCCGGAAUCUCGAGUUCUAUAACUGAGUCAGCCUCGUCCACCACGGAAAUCUCAAGCUCUGUCACUCAAUCAGGUUCAUCUGCUUCCGAAGUAUCGAGCUCAAGUGUUCCAUCUGGUUCAUCCGCUUCUACCACUCAAUCAGGUUCAUCUGCUUCCGAAGUGUCGAGCUCAAGUGUUCCAUCUGGUUCAUCCGCUUCUACCACACAAUCAGGUUCAUCUGCUUCUGAAGUAUCGAGCUCAAGUGUUCCAUCUGGUUCAUCCGCUUCUACCACACAAUCAGGUUCAUCCGCUUCUACCACUCAAUCAGGUUCAUCUGCUUCCGAAGUAUCGAGCUCAAGUGUUCCAUCUGGUUCAUCCGCUUCUACCACACAAUCAGGUUCAUCUGCUUCCGAAGUAUCGAGCUCAAGUGUUCCAUCUGGUUCAUCCGCUUCUACCACUCAAUCAGGUUCAUCUGCUUCCGAAGUAUCGAGCUCAAGUGUUCCAUCUGGUUCAUCCGCUUCUACCACACAAUCAGGUUCAUCUGCUUCUGAAGUAUCGAGCUCAAGUGUUCCAUCUGGUUCAUCCGCUUCUACCACUCAAUCAGGUUCAUCUGCUUCCGAAGUAUCGAGCUCAAGUGUUCCAUCUGGUUCAUCCGCUUCUACCACUCAAUCAGGUUCAUCUGCUUCCGAAGUAUCGAGCUCAAGUGUUCCAUCUGGUUCAUCCGCUUCUACCACUCAAUCAGGUUCAUCUGCUUCCGAAGUAUCGAGCUCAAGUGUUCCAUCUGGUUCAUCCGCUUCUACCACUCAAUCAGGUUCAUCUGCUUCCGAAGUAUCGAGCUCAAGUGUUCCAUCUGGUUCAUCCGCUUCUACCACUCAAUCAGGUUCAUCUGCUUCCGAAGUAUCGAGCUCAAGUGUUCCAUCUGGUUCAUCCGCUUCUACCACUCAAUCAGGUUCAUCUGCUUCUGAAGUAUCAAGCUCAAGUGUUCCAUCCGAAUCGUCCGCUUCUGGUUCAACUACUUCCGGCUCUGUUCCUAUCACACAAUCAGGUUCAUCUACUUCUGGUGUCUCAAGUUCCAUCACUUCCGGUUCCUUAAGUUCUAUCACUUCUUCAGCUUCUAGCGCAAGUGCCACAGCUUCCAACUCACUCUCUUCCAGUGAUGGUACUAUUUAUUUGCCAUCUACAACAAUCGCUGGCGAUCUAACACUGACAGGUUCAGUGAUUGCAACAGAAGCCGUUGAAAUUGCAGCCGGUGGUAAAUUGACCCUGCUUGAUGGUGACAAAUACGUCUUCUCAGCUGAUCUGAUAGUUAACGGUGAUUUGACAGUGGAAAAAUCCAAGCCAACCUACCCAGGUACCUCAUUCGACGUUUCAGGUGGUAACUUUGAAGUUUCAGGUAACUUCGAUGCUGAAGAACCCGCUGCUACUUCUGCGUCUAUCUACUCGUUUACACCUGGCUCUUUUGAGAACAGUGGUGAAAUUUCUUUGAGCCUAUCGGAAUCCAGCAAGGGUGAAGUCACUUUCUCUCCUUACUCUAACUCUGGUACAUUCUCUUUAUCAAACGCUAUCCUUAACGGCGGUUCUGUCUCCGGCUUGCAACGUAGAGCUGAAACAGAGGGAUCCGUAAACAACGGCGAAAUAAAUCUAGACAACGGUAGUACCUAUGUUAUUGUUGAACCUGUUUCCGGAAAAGGUACAAUAAACAUUAUCUCUGGUAACCUUUACUUACAUUACCCAGACACUUUUACCGGUCAAACUGUUGAUUUCAAGGGAGAAGGUGUUCUUGCCGUUGACCCAACUGAGACCAACACUACUCCUAUUCCUGUUGUUGGUUACACCGGUAAAAACCAAAUUGCUAUUACAGCUGACGUCACUGCCCUCUCAUAUGACAGCACUACUGGUGUUUUAACUGCAACUCAAGGCAACUCACAAUUCUCUUUCGCUAUUGGUACCGGAUUUUCCAGUUCUGCCUUCAAUGUCUCCGAAGGAACAUUCGCCGGGGCAUAUGCUUACUAUCUAAAUUAUGGUGGUGUUGUAGCUUCUAGUGCCACCCCUUCAUCCACUUUUACCACAUCUGGAGCUUCUUCCACUUCAUCUGGAAAUUCCACCUCUGCUACUGGUACUGGCUCAACCACUUCAUCCGGUACUGCUGCUACUGGUACUGGCUCGAUCACUUCAUCCGAGACAUCUGCUUCAGGUUCAAGCACUUCAUCGGAAGCAUCGAUCUCAACUUCUGGUACUGGCUCAACAACCUCAUCCGUCUCAGGUUCAGGCACUUCGUCUGGCGUUCCUGCAUCUAGCUUUACCUCAGGUUCUGCAUCUGUUUACACCACAACUCUGACUUACGCAACUGCCACAAGCACAGUCGUUGUUUCCUGUUCAGAAACAACUGACAGUAAUGGUAACAUCUACACCAUCACCAAAACUGUUCCAUGUUCCUCCACCACCGCCACAAUCACCUCCUGUGAUGAAAAUGGAUGUCAUGUCACUACAUCAACAGGUAAAGACGAAACUGCUACCGUUUCUUCUAAAUCAUACACCACUGUCACUGUUACUCACUGCAACGACAAUGGCUGUAAUGUAAAGACUGUCACUUCUGAAGCUCCUAAGAUAACUUCAGCAACCACAGAAACAACCGCUUCUCCAAAAUCAUACACCACUGUCACUGUUACUCAUUGUGACGACAAUGGUUGUAACGUCAAGACUGUCACUUCAGAAGCUCCUGAAGCUACCACAACUACCGUCUCUCCACCAUCGUAUACCACUGCUACUGUUACUCAUUGUGACGACAAUGGUUGUAACGUCAAGACUGUCACUUCAGAAGCUCCUGAAGCUACCACAACUACCGUCUCUCCACCAUCGUAUACCACCGCUACUGUUACUCACUGUGACGACAAUGGCUGUAGUGUAAAGACUGUCACUUCUGGAGCUCCUAACGAGACUUCAGCAACCACCGCAACCACCGCAACCACCAUUUCUUCAAAAUCAUACACAACCGCCACUGUUACUCAAUGUGACAACAAUGGUUGUAAUGUUAAGGUUAUUACUUCUCAAGUUCCUGAAAUCACUUCAGCCACCACCGCAACUAGCGCCUCUCCAAAGUCAUAUACCACUGUCACUUCCGAGGCUCCUGAAGCAACUUCAUUGUCCACUGCUGUUUCUGUACCAUCUAACACGAUUUCCGAAGUUUCUAAAUCUGGCGUUUCAACUUCUCAAACGAUUGCCCCUAAAACUUCUAAUGUUAUCACUAUUCAAUCCGAAGGUAACGCAGCAGGUUUGAGAACCAACGCUUUGAGUACUUUGGUCGGUAUUUUCGUUCUUGCUUUUUUUAACUAA